GGAAUCUGGGAAGACAUUCACCUCUACCCCCUUUUUGCAAUACGCCUGUCGUCUCGCUCGCGGGUGCACGGCCAAUCCAGUCUUAGCUGGGGUGUGCUGGCCUGGCACCGGCAUCACCACUAGGCGACAUCUGUCACCGCGAUGAGUCCAGCGUGCUCGCGGCUGUUUCUCAUCUGCAUUACGAACCCAAUUUUAGACCAAAGAAUGAAUCCCAUCUGUGGGAGUGGAUUAUGUCGAAUCGUCGCCGCCUCUCUCGACUUAUUUGCUUGCUUCGCCUCCCCUCGCUGCCUGCUUUCCGCAUCAUCUUUUGUAUCCUCCUCCAUUUCCGCAUCACUUCGAUCGUAUCUCUACUUGGGCUUGCACAACAGGUCUUUGAUUGUCACAUUUUCGAGUUAGUCACAUUGCUCUCACCCUCCUCGUCGAUGUCAAGCUUUUAGAGUAAUUUUGAUCAGAUUGGAGUAGGCUUUUUUGAAUGAAUCAGCAUUUGUUGCGGCUCCCUGGUCGUCCGCGAGCAGCCAGUCUUAUUGUCUCGAGGUUGGAAAUCCUUUCAAAUAUCAAAACUUAAUCCUAUUCCAUGAUCUGAGUUGCCCGCUUGGAUACUCGGCGACAUUGACCAUAGUCUAUCUCAGUGUCGUGGUAUUUCAAUCACUGAGAAGUUCGCGCGAUUGCGAAUAGCGCUGGCUCUAAGCAUUAGUGAUUUUUUCACAAAACAGAUGUUAAUCGAGUUUACAUCGCUUAGAGAAUUUAUUAGUGCACUUGAGGACGACGUUCGGCGUAGUACUAUAGUUUCAGUACGUGCGAAAUUGUGGGGCAGUUUCAAACAAUCCAGGAGGGAACUGGCAGUAUCGAAACGAUCUGAGAGAGUGCUGGCGGAUCGCGUCAGAGUUCCCAUGUCGACCAGGCUUGUGACUUCUUUGAGACCAGGGUAGCUUACUAUCAAGGUGGCAGGUUUGCUCCCAGGUGAUGGCCAGGAGGUCAUCCUUUGCGGUUAAUUAUGUGGAACAAACAAGGCUUUAAGAACAGUGCAUCAUCGAAGUAAUUUGAUUCUGUGCUUCCUGCCAAAUAUCUUAUCCACAGAAGACGGCAAAAGAAGUUGAUUGAGUAACAUUGAGGAAGAUUUAGUAAUGGUAACCAUAUUGACGAAACGGGGAGAAUGUGUAUGUAGCUUGGAGGGGAUAACGCUUGUGGUAUGAGGGUUGUUUCGUCGGAGCUGGACUUGGCAGUGUGGGGAGAAGACAAGCAGGAGCAGCAUGGUGGCGACGUCCUCAUUCGUCAUAUCAUUGGUGUUCUCGUCGUGCUGUUUUGUGCUCCUCCUGGGAGUGUAUAUUAUUUCCUCCCGUCAGCCAGGGAAUGUUUUGAUCUACUAUCCUCGUCGUGUAUUGCUGAAUGAGGACCCAUGUACUAUACUGAAAAGCAGGGGCCCUUUUACAUGGGCGACUGAAGCCUGGAGUGCAACGGAGGACGAGCUGGUAGCUGCAGCAGGAUUGGAUGCCACAGUGUACCUUCAUCUGUUCACCGCUGCUUUGGAGAUUAUACUGUUAUCCGCCAUUUUCUGCGUUCCCGUUUUGGUUUCCCUAUCCGCGACCAGUGGUUACAAUGCCAUGGAGGAGAAAAUGAACCCAAGAGCUUCAUUCAGUGGGUUCGACAACUUGAGCAUGGGAAACGUCGAGCCUGGCAGUACAAAAUUGUGGGGGUUUCUGAUUGGGAUGUUCUGGGUUUCGCUGGUGACCUACUUCGUGUUGUGGAGAUCUUAUCGACGGAUUGUACUUUUACGUAUUAGACAACAAAAGUCUGCCAUUGCUCGUCCGCACGAGUUUACUGUGCUCGUAAAGGAUCUUCCCAAGCCAACAGUGCAUGAGACCCAAUCAGAUCAAGUAGACUCCUUCUUCAGAAUGGUUCAUCCUGGAGCCUAUGACAGGUGCAUUGUUGUCAACGACCUCCGAAAGGUGGAGAAGCUGUACAAAGAGCUUGAGAAAACGUUGCGAGAACUAGAGCAUACCGAAGCCUUGUUUGAGCUGUCAAAGGAAAAAGGAAACUUUAAAAGAGUUCGGCCGAUGCACAAGACGGGCUUCUUGGGCUGUGUGGGCCCAGUGGUCGACAAUAUUCACUAUUUGAAGUCAAGAAUCAGAGAAUUGACAAGCCAGUUUGAGGAGGAGCAGAAGCGCUUGUUAGAGACGGAAGAAUCCAAUACAGCUUUGGUCAUCUUCAACAAUCGGCGAUCUGCUGCUCAAGCCGGUCAGGUUGUGCAUGCACCUCAUGCGCCGUAUUGGAGAGUGACGCCCGCCCCGGAACCUAAUGAGUUGGUCUGGAGAAAUCUGCACAUAUCAGCAUGGGAGCACUGGCUUCGGAAGAUCGUCGUCUACGUCCCAACCUUCUUAAUAGUGGUGGCGUAUGCCAUUCCUAUCCUCUUAGUUGCCAGUCUCUUGUCCCUGCGGAAUCUGGAGGAUAUCUUGCCGUUUCUCAAAUCCAUCACCAAGCACAAGGCUAUCCAUGACAUCCUGCAGUCGGAUGAUGAUGCGAAUGCACCGAGCCCCUCCCUAAUCAACGGUGACACGUUGGAUGCGAGAUCCGGCACUUCGACGGGAAGACAAGGCCUAUUGCCCCAAAUUUGCCUUUUAAUCUUUCUCGCGUUGCCACCCAAAUUGAUGUUCAUUUUGUCCAAGGCUGAGGGCUUUUCAGCUCAGUCUCGGAUUGUACGGUCCGCCUCAGCCAAAUAUUUCUAUAUUAUUAUUUUCAACGUUUACUUUGGAGUGACCAUCUUUGGGACUAUUUUUGCAAACCUGAGCAGCAUCAAGCAUAUGGUGGAUCAAGACCAGUUCUUAGUGGCUCGUCUGAUACGGCUGCUAGGGUCUCAAUUGCCCCCAGUUGCCAUGUAUUAUAUCACAUAUAUCGUUCUAAAGUUUUGCAUUGGGUAUGGGUUCGAGUUGUCACGCCUCGUCUCCCUGACCAGUUACCAUGUGAAACGUAAAUUCAAGUGUCAAGCAGAGUGGGAGAAAUUCGAGUCAUGGGCUCCAGGAGCCUUCACAUAUCAUCAGAGCAUUCCCAAUGACCUUCUCAUAUUGACAUUGGCCCUUUGUUAUGCUGUCAUUGCGCCGAUGAUCCUCAUAUUUGCCUUCCUCUACUUCUUGCUGGGAUGGCUGGUACAGCGGAAUCAGGCGUUGAACAUUCACGUUCCCGACUGGGAGAGUAACGGGAGCUUGUGGCCGCACAUCCACCAUCGCAUCUUGGCUGCAUUAUUAGCUGCACAAAUCACCGCAGUGGCUUAUUUUGCGGUGAAGGAGUUCUUGUUUACACCAAUCUUGUUAAUUUUACCAUUACUUACACUUGUAUUCCAUGUGUACUGCAAGAGAACAUGGCGACCAUUGAUAGAACGUGUGUCGCUGUUUAUGGCCACUGAGGAAGUCACAGUGCAGCCAUCUACAACGACUGUAGUCGCGGCGUACACCCCUAUUUAUCUCCGAGCAGAUGCUGCGAGAAUUCAUGAUCAAGCUUCUACACAAUGAUUUCCUAAACUUAAUUUUUACAGUGUGAUAGCAGUGUAAUACGCCUUCAAUGCCUCAAAAUUACUCAAUGUUGUUCCCUUUCACGAUCAAGUACUAAUAUUUGUGAAAUCAUUUUAUUUUAUUUUUCUCUUAGCUUUGAAUCAAUGAAGCAGCUCAAUGAGGCACCAUGCUUAAAUUUGAGGAGCUCGAUGAUAGAUUACCGGAACAGUAGUGUAGAUUUUGUAUGAGUAUGCUCAACGAGCAUAGCUUUCAAAAAUUAGGAUAGCGUAGAGGACGGCGUCGCUGCAAGAAUGUAAGGUGUGCACGUGGUUUCUCAGCAUGUUUAAUCAACAAGUCCACGCAGAUGAUGGACAAAAUACUAAGAAUCA